AAGGACAGAGAAGAGAAAAAUACCAAGUGAAUAUUAAGCUUAACAGUUGUCCCUGCCGGUCAUGUUCCCAUGUCUCCUUGCUUCAGUGGCUGAUAGCGACGUUUAGCUACAGCAGAUAUUGAGUACCAAUAUUAAUCUAAGAUGACAAAUUACCUGUAAUAAUUUGUCGUUCAAUUAAUUGAUUUACCUGACUAAGGGGCACGCGGAGUACCGUUGCCUGGACAUUCAGUGACCGGUGUAACUAGUGUACGUGUGUGUGGAUACCGAUAGCGUACAGCCACGACACAGUCAGGGAUAUGUGUGCCCCUAAGAGCCACUUAAAGACCUGACGGAUAUGCCUAUAUACGUAUGUUAUUGUCUGAACUACUACUAUAUAAAUGUAGGAUUCCCAUCAUAUGUCUUCGUUUUUACAACUUUACUGUGACAACUUGGAACACUAUUACUCAGACAUCUGACAGAACAUUGUCUCAACAUGUUCAUGUGGAUAAAUUGUAUUUAGCAUACGUUUGAAACUACUGAAGAUGAAAUAUUUUGUUAUAUAAAACGUUCACUUGAUGUGAAUCAACGCUGAAAUUGUGACAAAAACAACAGGCUACGUGCGGAAAAACAUAAGAUGAUUGUGCGGUGUUACUGCCGAGAAGAGCCCUAUGGUACUCUACCAGAUGGUGGACAAUGAGUGAAUUCCGAGACUGUGGCGGAUAACAUAAAGAUGGCUCCCUCCUACUUCAACACGUCCUGGUUCUAUGGUAUUCACGAGCAUGGCUUUGGGAACUCCUCCUUCUUCACCUUCAUUUCGGAGUUUAACCGUCCUUGGUCAGGGCUUCCAUACAUAGAGGCUUUGAUUUUCACUGUGCUGUUUAUAUUUUCAAUGUUUGGAAAUAUCCUUAUUUUUUACCAAAUGUUCCAGACAAAAAGCACGCGGACAGUUACCAACUGUAUGAUUGCCAAUCUUGCAAUGGCAGACAUUUUAUUUUCAUUUGGAAGUCCUUUCAUAGCAAUAACGCGAGUAACAGGUGACUGGAUAUUCGGGGAUGCCGUGUGUAAGGCAUUUGUUUACCUUCUGUUUACUUGUGCAAUGGUCAUGAUCUGGACCAUGACAGUGAUUAGUAUAGACCGUCAUAUUUGUAUCAAUAAAACCACUUCCAAGAAAAUGACUCCACGAGUAGCAGUCUCCAUUAUCGUCGUCACAUGGAUCAUUUGUUUAUUGUGCUUCAUCCCACUUGCAAUGUACUUCCACACCAGGUCGUUUCCGUUCGGACGAGAUCACGUCACGAUAUGUACUUUGUCGUGGCCGAAGACAAAUGGAUUUCGCGUGUCCAUCUUUUUCACCGUAGUGAGUUGUUUGUUUGGUUUUGUCAUUCCCAUCGCUAUCAUGAGUGUAAACUAUUUUAAGAUUAUUCGCAAAUUUAUGAGAUCACGACGCGCCAUUUUGAAUAAUCACAACAGAGUGGACGUAUUAAAUUCAAACUCUAUGAAGACCCGGAGAAAUCGGGAUCAACGGGACGUGAAAGUUGUUAAAACUUUACUUUUACUUGUGUUCCUCUUUAUGCUAAUGUGGUUGCCAAUCUUUAUUGUUUUCGUCAUAAUUCUUAUUGACGGAAUGAAGGAUAACAUGCAGCUGCCCUCCGUUGCCCUCAUCAUUACACUGUGUAUCGCACUUGCGAACGCGUGUGUCAAUCCUUUUCUUUAUGGUGUUAUUAACGACAAACUGCGUCGUGCCGUUCUCAAGUGUUUCGCGUGCAAGAACACGGCGUCGACAAGUGGGACAGGUAGUGCUAUACGUCACAGUAUCCGUGCCAUUAGUUUUAGUCAGAACUCAAGCAACAGUGAGAACACAGUCAAGUAGCGAGUCAGGUUCAACAUGGCGCCUGUCAAAACUAUUUUCAAAGCUUACAUUAUUCAAACUAUCUCUUUCUUGGGGCGGUCUGUUUUUAUACUAUUGCCAAUUACAAUCUACAUAUUUUUGCAUCUAUUUAUUAACCUGGUAGUAGUUUUUGUUUACAUUAAAAUAAAACAAUUCAGGAAUAUAUAUAUAUAUAUAUAUAAACAUUAACAUUAUAUUUUCAGGAGCAAAGUUAAGCUAACUAUUACAUGGUAACGAGACGAAGGUAUCGAAUACCAAACAAACACGUUUUGUAGUGCGGGACAAUACUCUCAACACUACUGUAGAUAUAAUGAUUUCACGUAUAGUCAUAACAUUGAAAUAUAAUACUCCUUUUAUCUUCAUAUGAACUACCCAUGUUAAAAAUAGUUUUUGUAUGUUUUGUAUAUCGUGGGAAAAUGCCCUGAAGCAUGUUAAAAAUAACAAACUUAAACCGUCAUCUAAACGGGUUUUACAUGUGUUUAUAACUAGCUUAUUAUUGCCUUAUAUAAAAAAAAAUAAAGUUGUAACGUAACAAAGCUUUGCUGGGUUUUAUCUUUAUCAGAGUGAAUUUGAUUUUACAAUCGUAGUAUAGUUCAGAUAGAUAGUGGCCUAAAAAAGGCUAUAAUACCACAAAUGUAUAGAAAUGUUGUUAUUUUUUCAUUCCAAGAUUAUGAUUUAGCCUGUUUCUGUCUAACCUUAAGUAUUGAUUAUCAUAUUAGUGGAGGGUCUACUAUUUUUAGAUUUUAAUUUUCAUCUCUUCUGGCAUUAUGUACUAUAUCAUGACUAUUUAAGACUUCAAACAGUGUCCUUUUGGAUAUAGGAUGAUAAGAUCCCGAGAGAGAAAAAUGCAAUAUCAUUAGCUAACCAAUCAACUAGUUAUUGUAAUUGCAAUAUUGUAUCAAAGGACAAUACUACAUAUGUACAAAAUGAUUUCAAAAGACCAAUCAUCAUGUGUUACAAUGGCAGAGCUAUAUAGCUCGUACCCGUAUCAUUUGUUUGUGCUUUUCUAGGUAUACAAAUGAAGUAAAACACUUCGACAUUAUACGACAGCAAAUAAUAACGUUUUAAAACAGUUUCAAGAAAAGUAUAGAACAACCAAGUUCUCGUUUCCAAGGAUAAACAUUGCAUUUGAUUCGGUAAUAUUUGAUAACAUUCACAAUUAUUCACAAGCAUAACUAAAAACAAUUGUUUCCCCAUUACCAGUAAAUCAUGUUUGAAAGAUACAUUAUGUAACACAAUGUGCCUGUCAUUGAGUUGUUUAACACAAAGUCAGAUCCUGUGGAACCUCAUUCAAAUUGCUGUGUGGUGGCCUGAUAAUUACGUCACAUAGAUAUCCAAUUCUUAAAAUUCGAAAAAGUACCAUUUUAAAGAAUUUUCUGGCUAUCUACGACCCAUAUUUAUAUGUUCAAAAUGGGGAUGCCUAUUCAGCACGUGUAAACGCCGAAAAACAAAUAAAACAAAAAGGAAACUAGUGUGUAAUCAUGAUUUAUAUUUAAUACCAACUGAACCAUUUAAAGUACAAAAAAUCACGUUAAUAUUUUGACAACAGCUUAAAAUUAUCUUUCAAUUCGGCAUUUGUGAAAUCAAAAUCGCACAAGAGUGAGGCGAAAUCUGCUGUGAUUUAUCUUUGGGGAAACUACAUAGGAUUAGACUGAUUUACAGAUGCACAGAAUUGUGGAAAGAUAUAUAACUUGUUUUUUAAUUAGACGUUUGUGAAAUCCAAAACGCGUAAGAGUGAGGCAGUUUCAAUAGCCGACACAAUGUGACCUAUUCGAAACAGAAAGUGUCAGCACAACUUGGAUGAGAUUGACAUUGUAUUUUGAAUUACUGUAAUGUGGGUUAUACAGAGAAUAGUGAUCUACUUUUUAUACUCUGAAAGACAUACCCAUAUACACCAAAAAGUACCUAAGCGUUAACAAAACCUUAAUUCCAACGGAUAUAUGUACAAUCUCGACAAAGUCAAUGACAUUAUAAAAUGUAUAUAAGCCUAAAACUAUAGUAAAAUUCUGUUGUUAUGAUAUUCUAUCAGUAAAAAGGGUAAUCAUAUCUCGUUUUGUCUCGUCUACUAGUUUGUAUCAGACUGAUUUACUGUUCGUUUGACUGAAGCAGGGUCGUUAAUGUAUUGUGUUAAGCCAGAGUCUCAAGUGCGGUAGACACUGGCCACUUAUGGUCAGGUGAUGUGACGCCGGUUCCAGGGUUCCGCACUAGAUAUGGAUUAAUUACUACGUUAUGAUUCGGUAAAUAGGCGCGCGCCAUUUAUGGUGUCCUUGGCACUACUUCACAUCCUAAGUUAUCUCGUGUUAACAGCUAAAUUUCUCGUCUUAUCUACAACUAUCGACAUAGUAGGAAUGAACUUAUGCAGAAUAUAGUUCAAUCUGUCAAUGUGUGCCAUUAUUGCGUAAUUUAGCAACAUGGUCCAAUAGUGUUUCCUGAAGUUCUCAACCAAAGCAUUAUCGAAUUCAACAAAAGUUGGAUUAAACUAUUACAAACGAUUUGGGCGAAUUUAUUUCUCCAUAUGUUAUCAUAGACAUUGUUGACGUAUUUAAUGUGAUAUCAUUCCAAAAUAAAAUUCUGAAGAUGGUUCCUGUCAUAAUCUGCGAAGGAUAGUAACCAUACGGGAGGAGCAAAGCUAUCACAAUACUGUCAUUGACGCUUACGCUUCCGGAGCGCCUGUUCA